AUGGCUGUUUGUGAUUUUAAUAUGAUGUUCACGUACGUCGUAGCAGGAUGGGAGGGGUCUGCUAAUGAUUCUAAGAUAUUGAACGAGACCAUUAAUAAUGAGGAUUUGCAUUUCCCAAUGCCUCCAGACGGGAAAUAUUAUUUGGUGGACUCCGGGUAUGCCAAUCAACCGGGUUUCUUGACCCCCUACAGGGGCCAACGGUACCACUUCCAAGAGUACCGUAGAGCUUCUCGCCAACCCCAAGGUAGAGAGGAAAUAUAUAAUCACAGGCACUCGUCAUUACGAAAUAUAAUUAAGCAUUGUUUUGGGUUGCUUAAGAUGAGAUUCCCCAUCUUGAAGCAAAUGCCCCCAUAUAAGUUUGAAGCUCAAGUUGCUAUUGUGUUAGCCUGCUCCACACUUCAUAACUUUAUAAGAAAGGAGGCGCAUGUAGAUCCAAUAUUUAAUGAUGCAAUUGUGGAAGCGAUGAUAGAUGAAAUUUUUAGAGAUGAUGAAGUUGAUGUUCUGCCUAAUGCAUCGCAGUCUCGCUCGCGACCAAUGGAUAUUCUACGCGAUAAUAUUGCUGACACUAUAUGGAAUGCAAGUCAGCACCAUUGA